UGAGGGGGCGGGGGUGGGAGCUCCAGGCAGCGGCCGCGGUGCCGAGGGCUCCGGAUUCGCCCUGUGGGGGAGCGCGCGGUGGAGGCGGCGGCAGCAUUGGUGGUGGCGAGACUAGAGGUGAAGCUUUAUUCUGAGAAUAUUUGAUUUACCCAGUUCAUGAGCUCAAAUUAUACUCUAAAUGUUACAGAAGUAUUGAAAGACUGCUCGGUCAUGAGCACCGACAGUAACUCUUUGGCACGUGAAUUUCUGACCGAUGUCAACCGGCUGUGCAAUGCAGUGGUCCAGAGGGUGGAGGCCCGGGAGGAGGAGGAUGAAGAGGAGGAGGAGACGCACAUGGCCGCGCUUGGGCAGUACCUGGUCCAUGGCCGCGGAUUUCUUUUACUCACCAAGCUAGAUUCGAUCAUUGAUCAGGCAUUGACAUGUAGAGAAGAACUCCUUACUCUUCUUCUGUCGCUCCUUCCAUUGGUGUGGAAGAUACCUGUUCAAGAAGAAAAGGCAACAGAUUUUAAUCUACCGUUCUCAGCUGAUAUAAUCCUGACCAAAGAAAAGAACUCAAGUUCACAAAGAUCUACUCAGGAAAAAUUAUAUUUAGAAGGAAGUGCCCCAUCGGGUCAGGUUUCUGCAAAAGUAAAUGUUUUUCGAAAAAGCAGACGGCAGCGUAAAACCACCCAUCGCUAUUCUGUAAGAGAUGCGAGAAAGACCCAGCUGUCCACCUCCGACUCAGAGGCCGAUUCAGACGACAGGAGGACAGCAGUGAGCAAGCAUCGGCGGCCCCAUCAGCUGCAGCCUUUCAUAACACAUUCUCCUAAAGAAAGUGAGUUUAUGGCUCAGCCUGACUGCUUGUCAACCAAAGAGCAGACUCUUCCUGAUAGCGUGGCUCUGGAAAGUCUCCAAGACAUUAUGCCAGGACAGGAGGCAAACACCGACAUGUUAAGUGAGCCAGCUGCCUUGUCUGUUAUCAGUCACAUGAACAACUCUCCAUUUGACCUAUGUCACGUUUUGUUAUCUUUAUUAGAGAAGGUUUGUAGGUUUGAUAUUACCUUGAAUCAUAAUUCUGCUCUGGCAGCCAGCGUCGUGCCCACACUGACUGAAUUCCUUGCAGGCUUUGGGGAUUGCUGUAAUCUCAGCGACAAUUCAGAGAGUCAGAUGUUUUCUGCAGGUUGGACUGAAGAACCUGUGGCCUUGAUCCAACGGAUGCUUGUUCGAACAGUGUUGUAUCUUAUGUCAGUAGACAUUAGUACUGCAGAGAUGAUGCCAGAAAGUCUUAAAAAAAAUUUAACUGAAUUGCUUAGAGCUGCUUUAAAAAUUAGAGUUUGCCUAGAAAAGCAGCUUGAUCCUUUUGAACCAAGACAGAAGAAAACACUACAGGAGGUCCAGGAAGGUUUUGUGUUUUCCAAGUAUCGUCAUAGAGCCCUUCUUUUGCCUGAGCUUCUGGAAGGAGUGCUACAGAUCCUCAUCUGUUGUCUUCAGAGUGCAGCUUCAAAUCCCUUCUUCUUCAGUCAGGCCAUGGAUUUGGUUCAAGAAUUCAUUCAGCAUCAUGGCUUCAAUUUAUUUGAAACAUCAGUUCUUCAAAUGGAAUGGCUGGUUUUAAGAGAUGGCGUGCCUACUGAGGCCUCGGAACACUUGAAAGCCCUAAUAAAUAGUGUGAUGAAAAUAAUGAGCACUGUCAAAAAGGUGAAAUCAGAGCAGCUUCAUCAUUCCAUGUGUACAAGGAAGAGGCACAGACGAUGUGAAUACUCCCACUUUAUGCAUCACCACAGAGAUCUCUCAGGUCUUCUGGUUUCAGCGUUUAAAAACCAGGUUUCCAAGAACCCAUUCGAGGAGGCUGCAGACGGCGCCGUCUGCUACCCUGAGCGGUGCUGCUGCCUGGCAGUGUGUGCGCACCAGUGCCUGCGUCUGCUGCAGCAGGCCUCCCUAAGCAGCACAUGUGUGCAGGUGCUGGCAGGGGUGCAGAGAGUCGGGGUGUGCUGCUGCAUGGACCCCAAGUCCGUCAUCUUCCCUUUGCUCCAUGCUUUUAGGUUGCCAGCACUGAAGAAUUUUCAGCAGCAUAUAUUGAAUAUCCUUAACAAACUUAUUUUGGACCAAUUAGGAGGCGCCGAGAUACCGCAGAAAAUUAAAAAAGCAGCCUGCAAUAUUUGUACUGUUGACUCUGAACAGCUCGCCAAAUUAGAAGAAACACUGCAGGGACCUGCACAGGACGAGGAGCCUUCCUCCGGCCUGUCCAGUCCCUACAGAUGUCAAGGGAUCCUGCCCAGCAGCGGGUCUGAAGACUUGUUGUGGAGAUGGGAUGCCUUAGAGGCGUAUCAGGAUUUUGUUUUUGAAGAAGACAGAUUACAUAGUGUUCAGAUCGCAAACCACAUUUGCAAUUUAAUCCAGAAAGGCAAUGUGGUUGUUCAGUGGAAGUUAUUCAAUUUCAUAUUUAAUCCUGUGCUCCAAAGGGGAGUUGAACUAGCCCAUCAUUGCCAGCACCUUAGCAUUACUUCAGCUCAGACUCAUGCCUGUAGCCAUCAGAACCAGUGUUUGCCUCAGGAAGUGCUGCAGGUUUAUUUAAAAACGCUGCCUACUCUGCUUAAAUCAAGGGUAAUAAGAGAUUUGUUUUUAAGUUGUAAUGGAGUAAGUCAAAUAAUUGAAUUAAAUUACUUAGAUGGUAUUCGAGGUCACUCCCUAAAAGCAUUUGAAACUCUGAUAAUCAGCCUCGGGGAACAACAGAAAGAGUCUUCGGUUCCAGAUACCAAUGGGAUGGAUGUUGAACAGAAGGAGCUGACAUCAUCGUUAAAUGCAGUUAUCUCUUUUCAUAACCAGCCGGCACUUUCAGAUUCUCCUCAGAGCCUCAGCAAGUUUUAUGCCAGCCUCAGAGACGCCUACCCAAAGAAACGGAAGUCUGUUAACCAAGACAUUCACAUCAGCACGAUACACCUCUUCCUCUGCGUGGCAUUCUUGUGUGUAAGCAAAGAAGCAGACUCUGACGGGGAGUCCACCCACGACUCAGAAGACACCUCCGGCUAUGACAGCACAGCCAGUGAGCCCCUGCACCGCGUGCUGCCUCGCUUACCUCUCGAGAGCCUUGUCUUGCCUUCUCCCAAGCACAUGCACCAAGCAGCAGACGUCUGGUCCAUGUGUCGUCGGAUCUACAUGUUGAGUCCAGUUGUCCAGGAGCAGUUUUGCCGGCUGGGCGGUGUCCGAGUGUGCCACAGGUUGAUAUUUAUGAUCAUAGAGAAACUGGUCAGGAGUCAUGAAGAGGAGCAAGGAAAAAAGGCAGGAGACACAGAUGAGAGUGAGAACCAAGAGUCCAUCAGAACUGCUCAAUCUGAGAUCACUGUGAGGGAGGAUUCGUCCCUGUCGACUGUGGAAAGUCAUGCCACAUCCUCGGAGCUGAGUAGUCUAAGUGAGAGUGCGGAAGGUGUAGGUAAAUUAGAGUCACAUCAUGCUUCUGACGGGAGUGGGGGUCGAAUUGCAGCUGCCGAAGCUGCUCCGGAGGAAGCAAAGGUCCUUACGAGUCCAAAGAGCCAGGCCUCACUUCAGAGCAUAAGACUUUUGGAAGCACUUCUGGCCAUUUGUCUUCAUAGCUCCAGAGCUAGUCAGCACAAGGUGGAAUUGGAGUUGCCUGAUCAGAACUUAUCUGUGGAAAACAUAUUGCUUGAGAUAAGGGACCAUCUUUCCCAGUCAAAGGUGAUUGAAACAGAACUGGCGAAGCCUUUCUUUGAUGCCCUCCUCCGAGUUGCUCUGGGGGACUGCUCAGCAGACUUUGGCCACAGUGAGGCUGUGGCUGAGAAGAGUCAUCAGUCUGAAGAAGAAUGGUCAUCCCAACCCGGAGAUUUUCUGGAAGAAGCCGAGGAUGCUCAGUGCUGCAGUUUGAAACUUCUGGUUGAAGAAGAAGGUUAUGAAGCAGACAGUGAAAGCAACCCUGAGGACAGUGAGGCCCAGGAGGACGGGGUAGACAUGAAGCCUGAAGCGGAAGGUCUUACUGUGUCAAGCAGUCCAAGUGACGCACUCGAAAACCUCACUCAAGGGGAGAUAAUAUAUCCUGAGAUUUGCAUGCUGGAGUUAAAUUUGCUUUCCACCAGUAAAGCCAAACUUGAUGUGCUUGCCCAUGUCUUUGAGAGUUUUUUGAAAAUCAUCCGGCAAAAAGAAAAGAAUGUGUUUCUACUCAUGCAGCAGGGAACUGUGAAAAAUCUUUUAGGAGGGUUCUUGAGUAUUUUAACACAGACUGAUUCUGAUUUUCAAGCAUGCCAGAGAGUAUUGGUGGAUCUUUUGGUAUCUUUGAUGAGUUCAAGAACAUGUUCAGAAGAACUCACCCUUCUUUUGAGAAUAUUUCUGGAGAAAUCUCCUUGUACAGAAAUUCUUCUUCUGGGUAUUCUGAAAAUUGUUGAAAGUGAUAUUGCCAUGAGCCCGUUACAGUAUCUGACCUUCCCUUUACCGUACAUUCCGAACCCAAGCAGCGGCGCUUCGUCACAAAAGGGUCCUGGGAUUCUCAACAGCAAGGCCAUGGGGUUGUUGAGAAGAGCGCGCGUUUCGUGGAGCAAGAAGGAGGCAGAGAGUGACACUUUCCCUCAGCAGCUGCUGUCCUCUUGGCACGUGGCCCCGGUGCACUUGCCACUGCCGGGGCAGAACUGCUGGCCACACCUGGCGGAGGGCUUCAGCGUUUCCCUGUGGUUCAGUGUGGAGUGUGUCCGCGAAGCCGAGGGCUCCGCAGAAAAACGGAAGAUCAGGAAAAGGAAGAAGUCGUUCACUGUACAGGAUGGUGGCUUUGACGGAACAGAGAACAGCAGGCCAGAAGGUACAGAGUGCAUAAGCCCUGGUGAAAGACUUGUAGAGGAAGGCUGCAUCCACAUGGUUUCAUUGGGAUCCAGAUCGCUGAUGAUCCAAGUGUGGGCCGACCCCCACACUGGCACGUUCACCUUUCGUAUGUGUGUGGACUCAAAUGACGACACGAAAGCUGUUCUCCUAGCGCAAGCAGAAUCACAGGAGAAUGUGUUCCUGCCAAGCAAGUGGCAACAUUUAGUACUCACCUACUUACAGCAGCCCCAAGGGAAAAAGAAUAUUCAUGGGGAAAUCUCCAUGUGGGUCUCUGGACAGAGGAAACCUGAUGUUACUUUGGAUUUUAUGCUUCCAAGAAAAACAAGUUUGUCAUCUGAAAGCAAUAAAACAUUUUGCAUGAUCGGCCAUUGUUUAUCUUCCCAAGAAGAGUUUUUGCAGUUGGCUGGAAAGUGGGACCUGGGAAAUUUACUCCUCUUCAAUGGAGCUAAGAUUGGUUCACAAGAGGCCUUUUACCUGUAUGCUUGCGGACCCAACCACACCUCUGUAAUGCCAUGUAAAUAUGGCAAGCCUGUGAACGACUACUCCAAAUAUAUCAGUAAAGAAAUUCUUCAGUGUGAACAAAUUCGAGAACUUUUUAUGACCAGCAAAGAUGUGGACAUUGGUCUCUUAAUUGAAAGCCUUUCCAUUGUUUACACAACAUGCUCUCCUGCUCAGUAUACCAUCUAUGAGCCAGUGAUUAGACUCAAAGGCCAAGUGAAAGCCCAGCUCUCUCAAAGACCCUUCAGCUCAAAAGACGUUCAGAGUGUCUCAUUGGAACUUCAUCAUCUAAGGAAUCUCCGACCCACUGAAUGUAAAACUCUCCAAGGCAUUCUGCACGAGAUUGGGGGAACUGCGAUAUUUGUUUUUCUCUUUGCUAGGGUUGUGGAACUCAGUAGCUGUGAAGAAACUCAAGCGUUGGCCCUGAGAGUCAUACUCUUAUUAAUUAAAUAUAACCAACAGAGAGUGCAUGAACUAGAAAAUUGUAAUGGGCUUUCCAUGAUUCAUCAGGUGUUGAUCAGACAAAAAUGCACUGUGGGCUUUCACGUUUUGCAGACCCUUCUCGAAGGUUGCUGUGGUGAAGAUAUUCUCCAUAUCAGCGAGAAUGGAGAGUUUAAACUAGAUAUGGACUCUAAAGCUAUAAUCCAAGAUGUUAAACUGCUCGAGGAGUUAUUGCUUGACUGGAAGAUAUGGAACAAAGCAGAGCCAGGUGUUUGGGCGACUCUGCUAGCAGCUCUGGAAGUGCUCAUCCGAGCAGACCACCACCAGCAGGUGUUCAAUGUUAAGCAGUUACUGAAAGCACGAGUGGUUCAUCACUUUCUACUGACUUGUCAGGUUUUGCAGGAACACAAAGAGGGGCAGCUUACAUCCAUACCCCGAGAGGUUUGUAGAUCAUUUGUGAAAAUUAUAGCAGAAGUCCUUGGAUCUCCUCCAGAUUUGGAAUUAUUGACAAUUGUCUUCAAUUUCCUUUUAGCAGUUCACCCUCCUACUAAUACUUAUGUUUGUCACAAUCCAACAAACUUCUACUUUUCUUUGCAUAUAGAUGGCAAGAUCUUCCAGGAGAAAGUGGAGUCAAUGGUGUACCUGAGACACUCCAGCAGUGGGGGAAGGGCUGCCCCCAGCCCCGCACUGACGGUCAUACGCCCAUCUGCUUUUACCGCGUCAGUGCCAGAAGGAAGCAGUUCCUCCAAAAUUACUCCACCGCAGAUGGCUGCCAACCUGCGGCGUUCUAGAAGCCUGCCAGCACUUCCUGCUUCUCCUCUAAUCCUGCCACAAAAACUGACUGCAAGUUCGGACUGUGGCAUUGACAAGUUACAGAGUACUGCAGGGUACCGCAGAGUACAUGAUGAUGUUGCUUGCCAGCCUGAGAAAUGGCAUCCUCCGGGGAGUUCAGAUACACUGAAAAAAGAACAAGAGGACACAUUCCUCAGUAGUUGUGAGUCUGCAAAAACUGUGUGUGAGGUAGAAGCUGUCCUUUCAGGACAAGCCUCUGUCAAGAGUGGCCCCAAAGGAACGUCGGAGUUUCCAGUGGCCAAAGAGGAUCACAAAGAGUUGGAAGCAGAACCCAGAGCAGACGGUGACAGCCCUGGCGAUGAGUCCUGCCCACGGCGCCCUGAUUACCUCAAGGGACUGGCCUCGUUCCAGCAAAGCCACAGCACCACUGCAAGCCUAGGGCUAGCGUUUCCUUCACAGAACGGGUCUGCAGCCGUCAGCCGCUGGCCAAGUCUCGUUGACCGGAACACAGAGGACUGGCAAAGCCUAGCCUUUUCUUCUCGUUAUGAGCCAGACCACAGCCGAACUGCAAAUGCUCACAGUGUAAAUGAAGACUGCUUGGUUCCCAUAUGCUGUGGGUUAUAUGAGCUCUUGAGUGGGGUUCUCCUUGUGCUGCCUGACGCCAUGCUGGAGGAUGUGAUGGGCAAGCUGAUCCAAGCCGACGCGCUGUUGGUCCUUGUGAACCACCCUUCACCUGCUAUACAGCAAGGAGUCAUCAAACUGUUAGAUGCAUAUUUUAAUAGAGCAUCUAAGGAACUGAAAGAUAAAUUCUUGAAGAAUCGUGGCUUUUCCUUGCUAGCCAACCAGUUGUAUCUGCACCGGGGAACUCGGGAGCUGUUAGAGUGCUUCAUAGAAAUGUUCUUCGGUCGACACGUUGGCCUUGAUGAAGAAUUUGACCUGGAAGACGUGAAAAGCGUGGAGCUGUUUCAGAAGUGGGCUGUCAUCCCCGUGCUGGGGCUGAUAGAGACCUCUCUGUACGACAACGCGCUCCUGCACACGGCCCUCCUGUUUCUUCUCCAAAUGCUCAAUUCCUGCUCCAAGGUGGCAGAUAUGUUGCUGGAUAAUGGCCUCCUCUACGUGUUAUGUAACACAGUAGCAGCCCUGAACGGACUAGAAAAGAACAUGCCUUUGAAUGAAUACAAAUUGCUUGCUUGUGAUAUACAGCAACUUUUCAUAGCCGUUACAAUUCAUGCCUGCAGUUCAUCGGGCUCACAGUACUUUCGAGUUAUCGAAGACCUUAUUGUAUUGCUUGGAUAUCUUCAAAAUAGCAAAAACAAGAGGACGCAAAAUAUGGCUGUUGCACUGCAGUUCCGAGUUCUCCAGGCUGCUAUGGAGUUUAUAAGGACCACAGCAAGCCAUGACUCGGAAAACCUUACAAAUUCAUUCCAGUUACCUUCUGCUCCCCCUCAUACGAUCUCUCAAAAGCGGAAGAGCAUUGCUGGGCCUCGGAAGUUUCCCGUUGCUCAGACCGACUCCCUUCUAAUGAAAAUGCGUUCGGUGGCGAGUGACGAACUUCACGUGAUGAUGCAGCGGAGAAUGAGCCAGGAGAACCCCGUGCAGGCGACCGAAGCGGAGCUGGCGCAGAGACUGCAGCGGCUCACCAUUCUGGCUGUUAACAGGGUCAUUCAUCAAGAGUUUAAUCCGGACAUUGUUGACAUUUUGAGUACUCCAGAAAAUGCCACUCAAAGCAAGAACUCAGUUUCCCAGACUGAGACUGAAGAAAAUAUUCAUCAUGAACGUACUUCUGUUUCCAAUCCAUUUCAGAAAGAAAUAUUCACGUACCUGGUAGAAGUAUUUAGAGUGUCUAUUGGUUCAAGUAAAACCGGCGGUUCCAGGCAGCAGUGGACGAAGAUCAUAUGGUCGUGUAAGGAAACCUUCCGAAAGCAGCUGGGGAGACUGCUCACGCACAUGUCGUCACCUGCCCACCCUUCCCAACAGAGAAAGCAGAUAUUUGAAAUAGUUCAUGAACCAAAUUAUCAGGAAAUACUACGAGACUGCCUCAGCCCAUCUCUGCAACAUGGAGCCAAGUUAGUUUUGUAUUUGUCCGAGUUGAUACAUAAUCACCAAGAUGAACUGACUCAGGAAGAACUAGACACAGCAGAAGAGCUUAUGAAUGCUUUAAAGUUAUGUGGCCACAAGUGCAUCCCUCCCAGCGCAGCAACAAAACCAGAGCUUCUUAAAAUGAUCAAAGAGGAACAAAAGAAAUAUGAAACUGAAGAAGGUGUGACUAAAGCAACCUGGCAUAACACAGUUAAUAAUAAUCAACAAAGUCUCUUUCAGCGUCUUGAUUCAAAGUCAAAGGAUAUCUCUAAAAUAGCUGCAGAUAUCACCCAGGCAGUGUCUUUCUCCCAGGGAAUUGAGAGGAAAAAGGUGAUCCAGCACAUCAGAGGGAUGUACAAAGUCGAUCUGAGCGCCAGCCGGCACUGGCAGGAGCUCAGUCAACAGCUGACACACGACAGAGCAGUCUGGUAUGAUCCCAUCUACUAUCCAACUUCCUGGCAGUUGGAUCCAACAGAAGGGCCAAAUCGAGAGAGGAGGCGCCUACAGAGAUGUUACUUAACUAUUCCAAACAAGUAUCUCCUUAGGGAUAGACAGAAAUCUGAAGCUGUGGUCAAACCACCACUCUCUUACCUCUUUGAAGACAAAACUCAUUCUUCUUUCUCUUCUACUGUAAAAGACAAAGCUGCAAGUGAGUCUAUAAGAGUGAAUCGAAGAUGUAUCAGCGUUGCACCAUCUAGAGAGACAGCUGGUGAACUGUUAUUAGGUAAAUGUGGAAUGUAUUUUGUGGAAGAUAAUGCUUCUGAUACAAUUGAAAGUUUGAGCCCUCAGGGAGAAUUGGAACCAGCAUCAUUUUCCUGGACAUACGAAGAAAUCAAAGAAGUUCACAAGCGCUGGUGGCAGCUGAGAGACAACGCUGUGGAAAUCUUCCUGACCAACGGCAGGACACUGUUGUUGGCCUUCGAUAACACCAAGGUUCGGGAUGAUGUGUACCAUAGUAUACUGACCAAUAACCUCCCUAACCUUCUGGAAUAUGGCAACAUCACUGCCCUGACAAAUUUAUGGUAUACUGGGCAAAUCACUAAUUUUGAGUAUUUGACGCACUUAAACAAACAUGCCGGCCGAUCCUUCAAUGACCUCAUGCAGUAUCCGGUGUUCCCGUUCAUACUGGCUGACUACGUUAGCGAGACCCUUGACCUCAGUGACCCGUCCGUCUACAGAAGUCUCUCCAAGCCCAUAGCUGUGCAGUAUAAAGAAAAGGAAGAUCGGUACGUGGACACGUAUAAGUACUUGGAGGAAGAGUACCGCAAAGGGGCCAGAGAGGACGACCCGCUGCCGCCCGUGCAGCCCUACCACUACGGCUCCCACUAUUCCAACAGCGGCACGGUGCUGCACUUCCUGGUCCGGAUGCCGCCCUUCACCAGGAUGUUCCUGGCAUAUCAAGAUCAAAGCUUUGACAUUCCAGACAGAACCUUUCAUUCCAUGAAUACCACCUGGCGCCUCUCAUCCUUCGAGUCCAUGACGGAUGUGAAGGAGCUUACCCCAGAGUUCUUCUACCUCCCGGAGUUCUUAGUCAACCGAGAAGGUUUUGAUUUUGGCGUGCGUCAGAACGGCGAACGGGUGAAUCACGUCAACCUCCCGCCGUGGGCACGUAACGACCCUCGCCUUUUCAUCCUCAUCCACCGGCAGGCCCUGGAGUCCGAGCACGUGUCUCAGAACAUCUGUCAGUGGAUUGACUUGGUGUUCGGGUACAAGCAAAAAGGGAAGGCUUCCGUUCAGGCCAUCAAUGUCUUUCAUCCUGCCACAUAUUUUGGAAUGGACGUCUCUGCAGUUGAAGACCCGGUGCAGAGACGAGCUCUAGAAACCAUGAUCAAAACCUAUGGCCAGACCCCUCGUCAGCUCUUCCAGUCAGCUCAUGUGAGCAGGCCUGGGUCCAAGCUCAACAUCGAAGGAGAACUUCCUGUGGCCGUGGGGCUGUUAGUGCAGUUUGCCUUCAGGGAGACCCGAGAACAAGUCAAGGAUAUUACCUACCCGAGUCCUUUGUCAUGGAUAAGAGGCUUGAAGUGGGGGGAGUACGUAGGCUCCCCGAGUGCCGCCACGCCUGUGGUCUGCUUCAGCCAGCCCCACGGAGAGAGGCUUGCUUCCCUCCAGGCUCUGCCCACCAGAGCGAUCUGCGGUUUGUCCCAAAAUUUCUGCCUCCUGAUGACGUACAGCAAAGAACAAGGUGUGAGAAGCAUGAACAGCACAGACAUCCAGUGGUCGGCCAUCCUGAGCUGGGGGUACGCUGACAACAUUUUAAGGCUGAAGAGUAAGCAAAGCGAGCCUCCGAUAAACUUCAUACAAAGCUCACAACAGUAUCAGGUGACUAGCUGCGCCUGGGUGCCUGACAGUUGCCAGCUGUUCACUGGGAGCAGGUGUGGCGUCAUCACAGCCUACGCCAACAGGCUGACCAGCGGCACGCCUUCAGAGAUAGAGAUGGAGUCACAGGUGCAUCUCUAUGGGCACACUGAGGAGGUCACCAGCUUGUUUGUCUGCAAGCCGUACAGUAUCCUGAUCAGUGUGAGCAGAGAUGGGACCUGCGUCAUAUGGGACUUGAACAGGUUGUGCUAUGUGCAAACUCUGGCAGGACACAAAAGCCCCGUCACAGCCGUCUCUGCCAGUGAGACAACAGGUGACAUUGCCACAGUGUGUGAUUCAGCUGGCGGAGGCAGCGACCUGAGGCUGUGGACAGUGAACGGGGACCUCGUGGGACACGUGCACUGCAGAGAGAUCAUCUGUUCCGUGGCCUUCUCCAACCAGCCCGAGGGUGUCUCCGUCAAUGUGAUUGCCGGGGGGCUGGAAAACGGGGUCGUCAGGUUAUGGAGUACGUGGGACCUAAAGCCUGUGCGGGAAAUCACGUUUCCUAAGUCAAAUCAGCCGAUUGUAAGCCUCACAUUUUCCUGUGACGGCCACCACCUGUACACAGCGAACAGUGAAGGGACCGUGAUUGCCUGGUGUCGGAAGGACCAGCAGCGCCUGAAGCAGCCCAUGUUCUACUCCUUCCUGAGCAGCUAUGCAGCCGGCUGAAGGCGAGAGCUGCGCGUUCUCUGAGCACUUGAACUCCAUGCUAGAUUUGGCGCCUCACCCGUUUUAAGAGGUUGAACCUGAAGAAAUGGAUGACCAAGCAAAUGUUCUACAUAAUUAUAAAAGCUGUUCAUCUGCACAGAAGCCUGCAGCCUCCAGGGGCCCUGGGAGGAAGUUUCGGACUAAAUGACAGCGUAUGGUGACCAAUGGGACUGAGGUCUUCCAUAGCCACUGAAAAUCAUAGUCCUGGAGUCUUUUCUAUAAGGGUAUUCUAAAGAGAUCAGGGUUGCUCCUUUUCUAGUAUUACAAAAGGGCCAAGAGAAUUCAAAUUGCUCAGCGAAUUGUUUAUAAAAUACUCUUAAAAUUAUAUUUUAAAAGUUUUACACCGAGAUAACCCCCUGCCCCGAAAAGGGAGAGAAAAGAAAAGAAUCUAGGACGUGAUCAGGCUUUCUUGAAGAAGUGGACUGUUCAGCAGGCACCUCUGCACCGUUGCCUGGAGAACCUGCAGCCUAAAAAAGACCACUAGUGAAUCUCAUUAUUACAAGGCAGGUUCUGCCAGUUGCCUUCUUAGCUCGAAGCAAAAGCAGAAGUUUUUGACAGCCACAAACAAGAACAGGGCUCUCUCUGACCUCAGACACAUUGCGUGUCUUCAUAAACAUCCCACUUAAGAUCCAUAACACUAGGUUGUGACUCUCCUCAGUUGAGUCACUAAGAUUUGAACCCACGUUCACCCUCUGAAUGUCCGCCCCGCACAGAGCAUCAAGAACAUAGCCAUCUGCAGCAGAAAGCCUCCGCUGUGCAGGAAGUCUGCACGGGUGGUGGUGAUCUGGUCUGGGUGAGACAUCUAAAUUCUCGUGCAGGAAGAGGUUCCUUCCCUGAGACAAGAGGGGACCACUUAUGUUGUUUCAAACAACAUAAUUCCUUUAGGAAGCAGCUUCCACGCUGGUUCCUCCACUAACCUGCACCACCUGAGAGUGCAAGGAGCGGUGGGAGCAUCUUAACCACGCACCACAGCAGAGUCGGCUGCCGUCAGGGCAACAUUCCUGGAAGGCUUGGAGCGGUCUCCCCACUGUGGUGUGACGGCGCUGUUUCUGCUCGGGUGCUGCUUUACUGGCUUUUAAGACACUUAAAUAACUGAGUAACAUGUUACCACGGGAUGAAAAUCUGUGUUCCCGCCUGAGAGUCACUGGCAUGUUUGCUACAAAAACUUGACUCACAUGGUGUUUACAGAACUACUUUUAUAACUUCCAGACUUUCUGCAACAUUCUACUUAAAAACUGUACAAAACAAUUCCCAAGGCUCUGCGUUAAGAUCAGUACGAGAAGCAGCAAGCAGCCACAGGCAGUUGUGGCGUGAAGCCCGCAGCUGCGUCGGAACGCCACGCAGGCUGCAUUACCAUCGUGCUCACGCAGACAGCUGUGAGCUCUGAGGCCCAGACGGUGCAGAGAUGACAUCAUUCCUGCUCACGCUGAAGUGAUUUGCUUUGUUUAAAAAGAAAUCGCAGCUAUUGUCUAGCUUUCACUUUUCUACUGAGAACCUCAAAUUAGUCCCCUUAGAAUAGUGUUGCUGCUCAGUCUUUUUUUUAAGGCUGAAUUUCAUUUGUCUAAAGAGGAAAUAUGCAAAACAACCAGUCUUGUUAAAGAGUGCAAUAUUAUAUUUUUAUGUAAAAAUGAAAAUUUGGGGGAUUAUUUAUUCAGCAUGAAACUCACUCUGUGUGAGAAACACCUCGUGACGUGCAUGUUGCAGCAAACGUGUCUGCAGAUUCCCACACGCUCUUCCCUUCACACGCACCGCCGCUUCGGGCUGGGAAUAAACGUCAUAAAACGGGUUUGAAGACCUGUUCUUUGUACAGUCUGAACUGUAAGGCCAGAUCUCAUAUUGAUGGCUCUUCUUUUAUAACCCACACAGGCUCUCUCCUUCCCCCUCUAAGUUAGUCACUGAAAGGAUCUCUCAUUUCUUAAUGUUGGCCUUUGUGACAAAUUUUAUAUUCAAACUUUACUACCCUUAAAUGGACUUCAGUCAAGCCUGCGGUGAAACCACUCGUUUCAAAGAGAAGGGCAUCAGCCCUGCCCUGAGCAAAUCUGUAGAGGCCCUACUGUGUGCCAAGGAUACAGGAAUAGCCUGCACUGCUGGGGGUUGUAGGCUGAUGGAGGGACCUGCUGUGACAACGUACACUGUGUAGUUACAGAGCAUGUGAAGGUGAAGUACAGGGUGCUCUGAGAGAACAGAACAGGAAGGAUCAAGAGGGUCCCACUGCAAACCACAGUUUACACAGCAGCUACAUCCCCACUGGGCAGCUCAGUCGAUGAGAGCGUUGUCCUGAUCCACCAAAGUUGUGGGUUCCAUCUUGGUCAGGGCACAUAAGAGUCAACCAGUGAAUGCAUAAAUAAGUGGAACAAUAAGUCAGUGUUUCUCUCUCCUCCUACUCUCUAAAAAUGAAAAAAAAAUUUAAAGCAACUACUGCCCUGGCUUGUAUGGCUCAGUGGGUUAAGUGCCACCCUGCAAACCAAAGGGUCACAGGUUCAAUUCCUAGUCAGGGCGCAUGCCUGGGUUGUGGGCCAGGUCCCCAGUAGGGGGCACACAAAAAGCAACCACACGUUGAUGUUUCUCUUCCUCUCUCCCUCCCUUC